UCAUCCAUAUUGCUGGUAGUGGUGGAGAUAAGGUUGUAAUCCUACGAGGCCCUCGGACACGUUUCUUUAUUUUUAUAUAUGUUUUAAUUCGUCGCUGACUACUCUGCGUCUUAGACUGAAGAUAUUUUGGUCUAGGAGCGACAGAGGAGCGGCAGACUCCGCGGAACAACUUCACAUUUCCUUGAAAUUGAAGGCGAUUUCGGGCCGGGGGGAGGACUGGUAAUCCUGAGGGGGGAAGAAAGACGGCGGUGGGAAAUGGCCACUCAGGUGGAGGCUCUCCUGCCCGGCAACCCGCUUGCAAAAGCGGAGGAGCACGGUAAAGUGAUCCGCGGUGAGCCGGAGGAAGAGGAGGGUGGCCGGGGCGACGGGGCCAAGCGGCAGAAGGGUGUCGCCGAGCAGGGGAGCAGCAGCGGCAGCAGCCCCGGGCAGGGAGGGACCCCCGUCACGGAGGUGCAAACCUCCAAGGAAGCGACAGAGGAGAGCAAAGGGGGUUGUGACAGUGAAGAUAAGCAAAACGAGGAAGGUGUUAAAGCCAGAAAGGAGUUUACUGAAGCACCCCCGCCCAAGGUGAACCCGUGGACUAGGAAAAUGAAUGCGGUGACCGUGGUCAGCGUGAAUGGACAAGCACACCACGAGCCAACCGGCCCCGCCAAGGUGGUGCGAGCAGGGAACCCACCCAAAGCCAGACGUGGAGGAAAGGUUGGAGAUUUUGGGGACACCAACAGCUGGCCGACUCCAGGGGAGAUCGCGACUAAAGACAUGCAGAUCGAGGCAGUGACACGGACCGUGUCCUGCCCGCCGACUGUCAGGCAGGUCAGAGACUCAUGGAGAUUCACUGCCCCAAAGAAGCCCACAGUCAAGAAGGAGUCAAAGGAGUCGAAGGAGAAGAGGGAGAGCAACGAGGAGAGCAAGGAGAACCUCAAGGCCAAAUCAGACGACUCCGGAGAGGAGAAGAAUGGCGACGACGACUCCCAGAAGAAUGGACCGAAGAAAAAAGGAAACAAGCAGAAGUGGCUUCCCCUGAUGAUCGAGGUGAAGUCCGAGGGUCCCAGGGAGCGCUCGGCCUCCAGGAACAACAGCAGACAGAAUGAAAACCCCCGUCUGCCUCCUAACGCCAGGAACGACCUCAGAGACUGGCAUAGUCAAAAGUACGAGCGGGAGUGGCGUGACGACCACGACGAGGUGUCCAGUGUGAAGAGUGAGGGAGCACCGUUCCGCGGAGGGUUCAGAGGUCGCGGACGUGGAAGAGGAAGAGGCCGGGGACGAGGCAGAGGUGGCAGAGGCCACUAUGACCACCACUACGGCUACAAGUCCUACGACAUGAAAGACGGACCCUACGCCCAGAAGUUUGGCAACACAGUGACCUACUACUACGACAACAUGAGCAGCAACGACCUUUACUCCGUCGACCAGGACCUGCUGAAGGACUAUAUCAAGAGGCAGAUCGAGUACUACUUCAGCCUGGACAACCUGGAGCGUGACUUCUUCCUGCGGAGGAAGAUGGACCAGGAGGGCUUCCUGCCCAUCGGACUCGUCGCCAGUUUCCACAGAGUGCAGGCCCUCACCACAGACGUUAACCUCAUCAUGGAGGCUUUGAAGGACAGUAAGGAAGUGGAAGUGAUCGACAUGAAGAUCCGUCGAAAGGUGGAACCAGAGAAGUGGCCUCUGCCAGGCCUGGGCCUGCCUAACCAAACUCACACCGACUUCUCCCAGCUCAUCAACUGCCCCGAGUUCAUCCCAAGGCAGAUGACCGAAGAGCCCAGAGGUUCUCCCAGUUCCUCCACACCGAUGAAGCAACAUAAAAAAAAUGAACUCGACAUCUCCAACCUCAAGACGAUGCCCAAGGGUCUCUCCGCCAGCCUCCCAGACCUGGACACUGAGUGCUGGAUCGAGGUCAAGAAGAGGCCCAGACCCUCCCCGGCCAGACCCAAGGUCAGCGCAGAGAAGGCCCCUUCGUUGCAGCAACAGAAGGAAAAGGACGAGUCGAUUCGCUCCCCGGUGCCUCAGCCCGGCUCCUCGCCCUCCCCCGCUACCACAGGAAAUAAGGGCGGCGCAGAGCCAGACGAACCAGAGGAGCUCGACUUCAUGUUUGACGAGGAGAUGGAGCAGAUGGACGGCCGGCGCAACACCUUCACAGACUGGUCGGACGAGGAGACGGACGGCGAGAUCGACGACCACGACGUCAACAAGAUCCUGAUCGUGACGCAGACGCCGCCCUACCUGAGGAAGCACCCGGGCGGCGACCGCACGGGGCACCACACAUCGCGUUCCAAGCUGACGAGCGAGCUGGUCAAAGUGAUCAACGACGGACUCUUCUACUACGAGCAGGACCUCUGGGACGACACGUACGAGCCCGAGUACGCCACCAUCAAGCAAGAGGUGGAGAACUUCAAGAAGGUCCACCUGAUCAGCCGUGAACAGUUUGAUUGCCUCACGCCUGAACCCCCAAUCGACCCCAACCAGGAAGUCCCUCCAGGCCCCCCCAAACCCCAGCAGAUCCCCACAGACGCUUUGGCGAACAAGCUCUUCGGUGCCCCCGAGCCUUCCUCGAUAGCUCGCUCGCUCCCAACUACCGUGCCUGACUCGCCCAACUACCGCAGUGCCCGGACGCCCCGCACACCUCGCACGCCUCACCGGAAGGACCAGACCAUGACGCCACGCUUCUACCCAGUGGUGAAGGAAAGUCGACCUGUAGAUGCCAAGACGCCCAGGAAGAGAAAGACCCGACACAGCUCCAACCCACCCAUGGAGUGUCACGUUGGCUGGGUGAUGGACUCCAGAGAGCAUCGCUCCCGUACCGCCUCCGUCAGCUCUAACGCCAGCCCAUCAGAGGGCACCCCCGCCCUGGGUAACAUUGGCUGCACACCUCAGUCCCUCCCCAAAUUCCAGCACCCAUCACACGAGCUGCUCAAGGAGAAUGGCUUCACGCAACACGUUUACCACAAGUACCGCCGGCGCUGCCUAAAUGAGCGAAAGAGGCUGGGCAUCGGCCAGUCACAGGAGAUGAACACACUCUUUCGCUUCUGGUCAUUUUUCCUGCGAGAUCACUUCAACAGGAAGAUGUACGAGGAGUUCAGACAGCUGGUGGUCGAGGACGGGAAAGAAGGAUACAGGUACGGUUUGGAGUGCCUAUUCAGGUACUACAGCUACGGUCUAGAGAGGAAGUUUAGGCCAGACAUCUUCAAGGACUUCCAGGAGGAGACCAUGAAAGACUACGAGGCUGGCCAGCUUUAUGGACUGGAGAAGUUCUGGGCCUUCCUUAAAUACUCCAAAGCCAAGACCUUAGAGAUCGACCCCAAGCUGCAGGAGUACCUGAGCAAGUUUAAACGUCUGGAAGAUUUCAGAAUUGACCCCCCUAUGGAGGAAGGAAGGCGCAGAAGACACUCGUCCAGCGGGGAUGGUCGCCGCCGGCACCCCUCUCAGCCCUCCAGCCGGCCCCACAGCCAGGCCAGCUCAGGCCCCGGCCCCUUUCAGGGCCUUGCAGUCAAGGAUGAUGCCAAACCCACCAGCCAGAGAGGCCCCGCCCCCGCCGAUGACCUUGCACCAGAUGCCAAGACACUGAAGUAACUCCACUAACUCGCCGGCCCACAUGGAUCAACUCAACCACGUCUGCAAGUCGCUGGUUCUCUCUGCGCCACGGGAGGGGGGAGGGGGCAUCCAGUUCUUCAUUCAAGCAUGAGAAUAUUUUUUUUUUCCCCUACAAUGACUUUGGAAGGCAAAUAAUUAAUAUGGCUCAGUUUAUUAAUUACGUUUUUGAGAAAAAGAUACCUUUUUUUUGUCUUGAUGAGGCAAGGAAUGGAUGAGGUGUCAGACACUUUUUGUUUUCUCUUACAAAUAAUUUCCAGUCAACACGCUGGACGGUUCAGGGGUGGUUUACUGCCCUGGAAAAAAUAUAUAUAUAUUUUUAUUUCUUACAAUUUUCAUGUUGACCCCUCCUGUCCGUCACCGGGACCCCUCUUUGAUCGUCACUGUCCUGCUGGCUGAAAGAUAUUUGAUUCCUCCCCCCAGAUCUCAGAUUUAUGAUUAUUAUUUCUUCGGCAUGUGGUGAAAUUGGAGACUUGGAAAUAGUUUGAACAAGACUGAGCAUCUGAUAGCCCCACUAGCUAGCAGCCGCGCUGGAGUCCGUGCUGCUCCUGACAUCCAACUGGACCAAAGUGGUUUGAACCAAGCGACUGACAUUUCCAUCUGCAGAGCCCCCAGUGCUCUCAGUUUAGGGGCUAAAAAUUUAAAAUAUUUGAUUUACUUUAUGCCUGGACAUUGAGGGGAAAAUAUUAAAGAACCUAAUGAUAGAAAGUGAGGAGAGAUAAAAAAAAAAAAAAUAACUUGUACCAAUCCCUCAGUAUGGACACGAUCAUUGAAAGUUGCCUUAUUUUAAUGGUUUUACUGCUUCUUACUUGUGCCCGCCACCUUAUUGUCGAUUGUACAGCAUUGGUAUCACUCAUAUAUCUGGUCACCAUUUCCAGCAGAGGCCACUAGGUGGUGCUGUGUCUGCCAAACUGUUUCACCACCCGCCCCCCCCACUCCUCUCCGCCACCUUUUCUGAACUGUCUUCCAAGUGUCAUUCAGUCUGUUACAAGUCCUGUAAUUCUUCCCUGUGUUUGCAAGUCGUGGCUUUUUGUGCUGAAACAAAAACUGGUGGAAGUUUGUCGCCUUUUCCCCUCAAAAAAGAAAAAGAAAACACUUCAGUGGGGUGGAGAGUUGGGAAAGGAGAAAUCUGAUCUCUUUUUGGGUGCUUCCUGACUUCCUCUCGUUCCCCCCUGCGCCUCCCCCCGUCAGACGAGCUGCAUCCAUCCGUUCAUCCAUCCGUUUGACAUCCAUCCAUCAGUCGACCAUCAGCGACGAUACAGGACUGGAAUCAUCAAUCUGGAUUACUUGAAGAAGCGAUGGUUUAUGAGGAGGGCCGUCGUGCUCUGUCGCAGGUGCUCUGGGUGGAGACGCUAAUGGGGCUCAGACAAUUUGGCCUCCGACUUCACUGUUAAACUGAAGCUCGCUCGGCCUGAUUGGGCCUCGGGCGCUCGCCACCUCUUCCCGUUCCACACUCAGACACACACACAUCAGUUACAGACAUGAACACUGACAAGUUUAGUCGCAAGCAGGUACAGAUGUAGCAGUGUGAGCAAGAUGAAUACGAAACACACAUGCAGCUUGAUGUCUUGCCUUGCUGUGGAGAAAAAUUCAAGACCGGACUCUGUUCUGUUGUGUCGUCACACUUCAGUCAACCGUGUGGAUAAUGAAAUAUUUUUCCAACUCGAGUUCUGAUGAUAUCACAUAGAAGAGUGAUUCUUUCUCCCUCCACUAAUGUAAAUGUGAAUUUGACAGAUGAAGAGAAAUGAUUACAACUCCCUGCUACUUGUUUUGUUGUUUAUAGAACAGAUGAUAUAUUUGCCUUACACGUGUACGUACUCUUUAACUUUUUUUUUUUUUUUUUUUAAUGGUCUCAUGAUUAUCUUUUAAUGCUUUUUAAUUUCAAUUUGCAGUGUUUCUAGCGUUGUUGUUGUUGUUGUUGUUAUGGAGGUGGGGUUUGUUUAAAGGCAGGCUGACAAAACAUCUGUGGAUUUCAGAAACAGGAACAUAAUUUACAACACAAAAGGGAAAGUUGACAUCAGGGCGUCAACGGGUAUUCAGUGCAAAAACGAAAUCUGUAAGCGUAAAGUGUUUCAUGUUGAAAUCAGUUAAUUUGCUCUUUUUUUUUUAUUUAGUAAGGAUGUUUUUGCCAAGGUGUCAGAGAAUUUUCAUCAACAAAAUCUUCAUCUGAAUUGCUUUCUACAAAAAUGUUUGCGAAGAGUAAAAAAACAGAAAUGAUUUGGUUUUCAUGUUCAAAUUUAGGAAGUUUACAAAAUUCUUGAGUCUUAAAUAUACAUAUGGGUGUCCAGAUGCUUAGUGAAAUAACCCACUCUUUACUGAGACACCGCAAUGUUUUUGCUCAGUGAUUUCUUGUAAAACCGCUCAGUCGCAUGAGUAAAAAAGUUCAAUUGCAUUUGAGGAAUUAAGAUUUUGGAAAAAGCCUAACAAGUUAGGACAAACGGUAUUGGCCAUCUGUAUUUUUUUUCCUUUUUAAUUUUGGUCCUUUUGCGUAAAUAAUCAUUGAGCCUGUUGGCUGAUGUUUCAGCAGAGUGGAGGUCUUGUCAGUGUUUCAGUUUCUUCCUCUAAAUCUGCGAUUGUUGGAAACAUGAAAAUGCAAAGCAAAGCUGUACUUGCUUUUUUUUCCUUUGAUGUUUUGUUGCUUUAUCUUCAGGGAGAUUUGGAUCCAUUUCAGAGGCUUACAGUUGAUGCAUCACAGUGUUUACUGGAGGUUUAAAGACAGAAAACAAUAAGAGCUACAAAAUAUUCAGAAAAGAAACUCUUUUCCCAAAACCAGUGAAGCCUUUGAAUGGGUGAGCUGGUGUGUGGCUGCAGACAUGGCAGUCUGCCACUAGGGAGGGGGGUGGCCUUCUUCCUGGGACAGUCACAUGAUCCCUCCCUGUAAUGUGAUCAUCACCUGUCACCGGACAUUUGGGGGUUUCAGGUGUUUGGGGAGUUUUCAGCCUUCUCUAUCAGUGUAGAGCUGCUGCGAGCUGUGCAAACAAACUCUAGGGGGCGCAGCGCCCUCAGCUAGACAGUUUUACACGGACUUGGCCAGCGGGCCGACGCUCGAGAGAUGAGUGAUGGACGUGGGAAGGGAGUAGAAAGGAGAGAGAGAGAGAGAAAGAACCCAACUAGGGUUUGUGAUGUCAGAGGAAUAUGGCUGGAUAUGAUGUCUGGAGACUGAAAAAAAGGACAAAAUUCCAUAAAGCCAUAUGAAUAAGAAAUAACUGUAUAUGAACCAUUAAAAUAGUUCAUUACAUUACUAUAUCCUAGGCUUGUCAUGAGGAAAAAAAGAUGAAAACAUGGAAAAAAGGAACAAAAAAAUAUAUAAAAUGGAAAAAUGUAAAAUACUUGAAUGAGAUCUUGUAUUAUAACAUUUAAUAUUCAUAAUAUCUGCUUUGUAGGCUGACGUGAUUCGCUAUUAGUGUUAUUUGUAAUUUGUAGUAAUUAUGCUUUUCCUUUAAUAAAGAAAAAAAAACACAAAACGGACAAAAAAACCUCAAA